AUGCUGCGAAGCCGGAUAUUGGGGCGCGCAGGCUACGGCCUCUGCAGUCGCGUGCCUCGCCUCCCGCCGUUGAGCAUCACCAGCGCCGCCCGCCACGGACAAUGGCGCUCACUCCGCGGCGUCCAUACCGGCGGUCCCUUCCAGCCGAUGCGCCCCCCGUCGCCGCAGGAGCUCGGCCAGCCGCGAGCCGCCAAGCAGUACCCGCGCGGCCGCAAAUGGACGCGACGGCUGCUGCUGACGACGGCCGUGCUGGGCGGCAUCUACCUCGUCGACACGCAGGUGGGCGGGGCCGGCCUGACGCGGACGGCGCGUACCUUCGGAACCACGCUGCUCGUCGCGCUCGACUACAACAUCAACUUCCGCCCCGAGCCCUGGUUCGGCGGCUCCGUCGCGGACCUGCACCACCGCAGCGCCGAGCGCAUGGCCACGCUGCUGCGCGAGAACGGCGGGCUCUACCUCAAGAUGGGCCAGGCCAUCGCCAUGCAGAGCGCCAUGCUGCCGCCGGCGUUCCAGAAGAUGUUUGCCCGCAUGUUUGACGACGCCCCGCAGGACGACUGGCGCGACGUCGAGGCCGUCAUCCGCGCCGACUUUGGCAAGAGCGUCGAGGAGGUCUUUGGCGUCAGCUUCACGGGCAAGCCCGGCUUCGGCGUCAUGGAGAAGACGGCCCGGGCCAGCGCGAGCGUCGCCCAGGUGCACUGGGCCAGACUGCCGGACGGCCGAGAGGUGGCGAUCAAAGUGCAGAAGCGGGACAUCGCCAAGCAGAUCUCGUGGGAUCUGUGGGCAUUCAAGACCGUUACUUGGAUCUACUCGAACUGGUUCGACAUUCCCUUCUACAGCCUCGUCCCGUACGUGGCCGAACGACUCGAGCUCGAGACCGACUUCAUCAACGAGGCGAAGAACUCGGAAACGAUGCGCGAGCUGAUCAAUAACGAAAAGAGCAUGCGCGGCCGCGUCUACGUGCCCAUCACCUACCCAGAGCUCACCUCGCGGCGCGUCAUGACGGCCGAGUGGAUCGAGGGCGUGCAGCUGUGGGACAAGAAGGCAAUUACGGGCCGGUGGCUCGGCGGGCGCGGCAAGGGCACGCCUGGCGCGCGUGUGCCGCUGCCCGAAGUCGACAUGGACGCGGCACGCCUCGCGAUGCGCACGCAGCCGCACGCCGACCGACUCAAGCCGGAGCGGCAAGAGUGGCGGGGCCGGCGGGGCAGCGGUGGCCUCGGUCUGUCGACCAAGGAGGUCAUGAGCACGGUGACGGACCUGUUCGCGGCGCAAAUCUUCCAAUGGGGCGUGGUGCACUGCGACCCGCACCCGGGCAACGUCUUCGUGCGGCGGCUGCCGAGCGGGCGCGCCGAGGUCGUCCUCAUCGACCACGGGCUGUACGUGUACAUGACGCCCACCUUCCGGCGGCAGUACGCCGAGUUCUGGAAGGCGCUGAUGACGUUCGACAACGAGACGAUCGCGCGGGUGACGUCGGCGUGGGGCAUCCGGGGCGCCGACUUCUUCGCGAGCGCGACGCUGAUGCGGCCGUACGAGGGCGGCAGCGGGUCGACGCGCGACGCCAUCGACGGCGCGUCGCGCAUGUCGCCGGCGGAGCGGCACCACGCGAUGGAGCAGCGGAUGAAGCAAGGGCUGCGCGACAUGCUGGCCGACGAGGACCGCUGGCCCAAGGAGCUGCUCUUCAUCUCGCGCAACAUGCGCAUCGUCCAGUCCAACAACCAGUACAUGGGGUCGCCGGUGAACCGCAUCAAGGUCAUGGGCACGUGGGCGAGCGGCAGCCUGUUCCGCGACCCGGCGCUGGGGUGGCGCGCGCGGGCCCGGUACGCCUGGCGGCACGCGCUCUUCACGGCCGUCAUGGCGGCCUCGGACGUGGCGUUUUACGUGCUCAAGGUGCGCCAGUGGCUGGGUCUCGGCGGCGGCAUGGAGGACGUCAUGGAGCAGCGGAUGAAGGACAUGGCGCAGGACAUGGGCAUCGAGCUGCAGCACGAGGUGUUUAGCGGAUGA